UCCUCCUCCUAUCUUUGAUCAUUGUCCCGCCGCUCAGCCCCCCCCAAAAGCCUCACUCAGAACGCCUUUUUUCGGCAGCUCUUUUUACUUCCCAACUUAUCUGAGGGGCUAAACUCUCGUGGAUUCUUUCAUUUAGGGGUGUCUCGGCAGGCUGGGUUUUAUACUUUGAACUUCGGCUACUCUCUUCCCCUCCUGUAGGUGACCAUGGCCGUACCGGCUGCUCUGAUCCUACCAACUCCUCUCGUCCCACCGCCUUCGAUCUCGAUUCCCUCCGCUACGACGUCUCCGCCGUCGACAACUUCAUCCCCAUCUCCAUCCCUGUGCCUGGCCCCCCCACCCGGAUCCGGGCAGAACCUGUUCAGAUCAGAGCACCUCGUCAGCGGCAGCCCGGGCAUCCCGAACGCUGGUCUUCCACCCGGCAAACCCGUGUACUCGACCCCGUCGCCUGUUGAAAACAUACCGCAAAACAAUGAGUGCAAGAUGGUCGAGUUGCGCGGUGCCAAAGUGGCGUCUUUCACCGUGGACGGCUGCGAGCUCAUCUGCCUUCCCCAGGCUUUCGACCUGUUCCUGAAGCACCUGGUCGGCGGGCUGCACACCGUCUACACCAAGCUGAAGCGGCUGGAGAUCACGCCGGUGGUGUGCAAUGUGGAGCAGGUCCGCAUCCUCAGAGGGCUCGGCGCCAUCCAACCCGGGGUGAACCGCUGCAAACUCAUCUCCAGAAAAGACUUCGAGACCCUGUACAACGACUGCACCAAUGCGAGGUACGUGGAGAGCUCUUUACGGCGUGUUGGUUUAAAUGUCUGUACGGACAGCCGUGCGUAA